AUGGGUUCCAAGGGUUUUCUUGUUCUUGUUAUGCUCUUGGCUUCUCUCCUUGUUCUUUAUGCCGAGGUUGCUCCAAAAGAUGUAGACAACAAAUUUGAUAGAAAAGAUGAUGACAUUGAUAUAAGUGGGGUAGACGCCAUGAAAUACGGCUACAGAGGAUGGCAUGGUUGGGGUUGGGGCCGUGGUUGGGGGUAUUGUUACUAUGGAUGUUGCGAUUGGAAUUACUAUGGUCGUUGUAUAAGGUGCUGUUAUUAUCGUGGUGAACAUGUUGAUGCUCAAACUCAUGAUCAACCUCAAAACUAA